AUGCUAAAAAAUGAAGCAAAAAACUGUUCAAAUAUUUUAAAAAUGUUUUCCAAAUCUAAGGAUAUAGGUAAUAUUAAAAGUAGUAAAAGUAGUAUGAAUGAUACUGAUCAAGAUAUUGUAUGUAGUACAGAAACAGAAUUGACAGAAAAUGUAAAUUAUAAUGCAACUGAAAUAAAUUCUACAAUGUGUACUAGUACUAUUCUUGAAUCAAAUAGUAUUCAUAGCAAUUUUAAUUACUUUCAAAAACCAAUUGCCACUAAAUUAUUUACUGACCAAUUGUACAAGAAAAAAAUUGAAGUUACAAAAAAUAUUAAUAUUGUAGAACGUGUAAUUGAUGUAAUUAAAUUAAUUGGGAAAAGAGGGCUGAGCUUUAGAGGUCAUUUAAAUGAAUCUUCAAGAAGUUUAAAAGAUCCUGCUAUUGAUCAUGGAAAUUUUUUGGAUAUUCUAUUACUUUUGAAAAAAUAUGAUAAAUCAAUAGCAAAUGAUGUUAGAGAAUCAGGAAUGUUUUCGAUACAACUAGAUACAACUCAGGAUAUUUCUGUGCAAGAUCAAUGUUCUGUUGUAGUAAGGUAUGUAAAUUCAAAAGGUGUUCAAGAAAAGUUAUUAUCAGUUGUAACCAUACAAAAAUCAACUGGUAAAAGUUUUGCUGAUAUGUUGGCUAAUAUUCUUACUGAAAAUGACUUGGAUGUUAAGAAAUGUGUUGGUAAUGCUACGGAUGGUGCGGCCAAUAUGCAAGGGCAAUUUAAUGGUUUUUCAGCUUGGCUUGAAAAAUUGUCUCCCAAUCAAGUCCACAUUUKGUGUUAUGCCCACAUAUUAAAUUUAGUUGUCAUUGAGUCUACAAAAUCCCCACUUAAUGCAGCAGCUUUAUUUGUAACAUUGAACGAUGUAGCUAUAUUUUUUAAGGAAUCAUACAAACGAAUGAAUACUUGGGUCGACAUAAUAGAUACAAAUGAUAAAAGAYGACUGCAAGCAAUCGGUAAUACACGAUGGUGGUCCAAGGAGAAAUCUCUAACACAUAUUUUUGGUGAUGAAGGUUUAUAUUUGGAG